CAUGAGGGAGCUUCUCUCGGUUGCAUCUCGAUUACAUGCCGCGACGAUAAUUCGUUCCAAAGCCCCGGGCGUUUCCCCAAGAGGACUGGGCCCAUCUCUACUCGUGUCCGAGGCGCCUCCAUUCGCGCGGAUAGACGGUCGCGAUGCAUGGCCCUGGUCUUAACGGCAUCGGAUCGAACACACACUGCACACACACACACACACACACACUGCCAUCUCUUUUGUCGUUGCUGUGCUGCUGCUGCUGCCCGGGCGGAGAUGGCCCCGUCAGUCUUCAGGUCUAGUACAGUGACAGUGGCCUCGACGGCGCUGAUCUUUGCGCCCCAAAAUAACCCCCUAGCCUCCUCGUCGUCGUCUCCUGUGCUGUGCUGCCUUCAUUCAAUCACUUUAGGGGGGCGCGGCGAUCCGAUUAAGCCAGCGUUGGCCAGGGUUGCUUUCGCGUGCCGCAUAUCCUUGCCCGCUGAGUCGAACGCUUUAGGGCGGCUGCUGCUGGAGGCCCUGGCAGAGGUAACACCUCUGGUGGACACCCACAUCCUUGCUGGGGCAAACAAGACGUGCCGUAUCGUAUCCAAGUCUGUCUAUCAUCCUGGCCCGCUCCUCUGCAAAACCUCGUCACACACCCACAAACCACUCGCUGCCGCCGCGGUUCAUCUCCGAUCGCAUCUGCUCUGGCCUGCACUCGUCCUCACACCAUGCUUGCAGCAGCAUGCUUGUCUGCUUAAUGAGGCGCUGAAUCCGAGUAGCCCUAGUAGCGUAGCCCAGCCAUCAUCAUUGCCAUUGCUGCUACUGCUGCUGCUGCUGCUGUCAGAUCACGGGAUUGGGCCUUCUGCAAGUCGCUCUUUCUGCCCAUGUCACACCAGACGAACCCUCCUACACAUGCUCCAGCACGUCCGCGCAAGCCCAGAAGCACCGAGAGCCACCCACCGCAAAGAGAAGGACACUGAGUUUGCCGUCAUUGACUCUCGUACCCACCCGGACCACCCCUCCACGGCCCUUGUGCCUGCGCGACACUACGUCAGCCACACCAGCGACAGAAGAAGAAAACAGCAGCAGCAACCACCGCCAGCCAGCCGAGCCGUUGUGAGAGAGAAGAGUAGGACCCUGUCCGCCGAAUCUGAGAGCCUCUCGGCACAUAUACCCACUGAGAACUUGGACCUGGCCACUUUCACCCUGCUAUCCUGAGCUAUCCAACAGAAUUGCUUGGCUGCGCCGAGGAAGGAACGACUCGCCGCGCGCUGCUUGACGUUGAGCGGGAAACCACAUAAGGCCCGGGAACCACGAUCCCCGUCUCGCAUCGCUUCACAUCGUCUCGCCGCCGCCGCCUCAGCAGCUAUCGAGUCGGCCAUGGAGACAUUAGACACUGCCAGUAGGCAAAGGUCCGUUGUUUGCUCCUCUGGCCGCCCCUCCGCCGUCGCUUUCCGUCUGCGUACCUGUUCGCUAACUGUUU